AUGGCUAAGGCUGAUACGAUAAAAAAUGUAUGGAGAGACAAUUUGGAGGAGGAAAUGGCAAACAUAAGACAUCUGAUUGAGAAGUACAACUAUGUGGCCAUGGACACUGAAUUUCCCGGUGUUGUGGCCAAGCCGUUAGGCAGUUUCAAGAGCCAAUCGUCAUUUGCAUACCAGCAAUUAAGAUUCAACGUUGACAUGCUGAGCAUAAUUCAACUGGGAAUAUCCCUGAGUGACGAGAAUGGAAAGAGGCCUGAACCAACACACACUUGGCAGUUCAACUUUAAUUUUAAUCUGGAUACAGACAUGUACUCACAGGAAUCAAUCGAACUACUGAUACAAGCAAAGAUCAAUUUCAAAGACCAUUCAAGAAACGGCAUUGAUGUCAAAGAGUUUGGGUCUUUACUAACAACCAGUGGACUAGUGAUGUCGGACCACAUUAUUUGGGUAUCGUUUCAUUCCGCAUAUGAUUUUGCAUACUUGAUCAAGAUUUUGACAGGAAACGCAAUGUCAGAGAAAGAAGAGGACUUUCACAAGUACAUGGGCGUGCUGUUUCCAAACUUCUACGAUUUUAAGUUUCUGCUAUCGUCUACUGAGCAUUCAAGAAAGGGACUGCAGGAAAUAGCAAAUGACCUAGGUGUUUCGAGAGAAGGAACAGCACACCAGGCAGGAAGUGAUGCGCUGCUGACAUCGAUGGCAUUUUUCAAGUCCUUCGAAACAGUCCUGCUCCGAGACAGCCUAAAAAGUUCAAUCUCCAAGCUUUUUGGAAUCGAGUAUGUCACAGAUAGCAUAUAA